AUGUCCGCCGUGCAGUUGCUCCGAGUUUCGGUUCACGAACGGCUGUUUGCCGCCGCUGAGGAUUUGCUGGAACUGCUGCUGGAAAAAGGACAGGAACCGGCGGCGCUGCGAGCGCUGCUGAGCGAGCGCCUAACGGCGGCGGCGGAGGAGAUCGUCGCGCUGUUAGCUCAAACCGUACAGGAGACGGAGGACCGUGCACAGCGCUGCGAGCGAGAGAUCAGCCGACAGAGGGCGCUGCUGGACGCACUGCUCAAUCCCCGAGUGCAGCUCAACAGAGCGCCACCGUGCGGUGCGGCGGAGACUACGCAGAAUGUGCGCCACCGCGCCAAAGCGCAAGACCUCCCAGAGCCCGUGAACUUGAUCCAGAAUGACGCUGAGCUGCCGGAUGACUCUGCAGACCUGAAGCAGGUGGAAGCUGAACAUGAAGGCAGUGCCGUUUCCUCACCAAGGAGGUCUCAGGCCACCUCACCUGCCACCCAGACCGACAGCGACCCUGACAGUGAAUGGACUAGUCAGCAGUGCUCCAUAACACUGAGGGCACAGACGAGGAGGAAGGCGAGGGGAAGACUUCUGCUUCAUGUCUCAAAGAAACGUAAGAAAUCUUCGUCUUCGGAGCGUCACUGGUGUAAGGUGUGCACUCGCUCUCUGCAGGGAAAAGGCUUCCUCCUCAAACAUGUGCUGCAGGUUUGCUCCAAGGACCCGGAAUGCCGGUGUGGUAUUUGUGGGGAGCGUUUAGGUUCCGCUGAGGAAUUGACCGCUCACCUCCAAACCCACCAGGAGAAGAGCAAGACCUGCCCCUUCUGCAGGAAAAGCUUCCAGUCCAUCCUGGCAUGUGAGCUGCAUGUGCGAUUGCACACCGGAGAAAAACCGUACAGUUGCGAGGUCUGUGGGAAGAAGUUCAGUCAGAAGGGUAAUAUGACAUCACACUUACGCAUCCAUGCUUUAGAGAAAGCCUUCAAAUGCAAAGAGUGUGGACGAGCCUUCUGUCACAUGACCUCUCUGGAGAGGCAUAUGCAGGUCCACAGCGAUGAUGGCUUGUUCCUGUGCCGUGUCUGCGGCCAGAGGUUUGGGAAGGAACACCGCUUGACACAACACAUGAAGAUCCACCAGACAGAUAUCACAGGAGCCAAGGCAAAGCGAUUCCGGAGCUCUGUGCCAGCCUACCUCUGCAGAGUCUGCGGUGAUAAAUUUGACAGGAAGACUUUGUUAGUAAAGCACGUGGGAGCCCACGUAAACGAGUCAGAGUGCCGCUGUGGUCUCUGCGGCCACCAGUACGAGUCCUCCGAGAGUCUUGCUGAUCAUCUUCGCUCACACCGGGAAAUUGGCAACACUUGCCACUUCUGUGGGAAAGGAUUCCCGGCGCAUGCAGCGCUGCAGAUGCACCUGAGAAUCCACACGGGGGAAAAACCGUUCAGCUGCAACUUCUGCAGCAAAGCCUUCAACCAGAGCGGCAACCUGAAGACACACUUGAAGAUCCACACAGGUGAACGGGCCUUCUCCUGCAGCAUUUGUGGUAAAGGGUUCACCCAGAAGCAGACUCUGGACACCCAUGUCCGCUUCCACAACAAAGAGAGGCGCUUCUUGUGCCAAGUCUGUGGCAAGGGCUUCAUGCAGGAUGUGGACCUGAAGAGACACAUCCUGAUCCACACUGGCGAAAAACCCUACAAUUGCCAAGUCUGUGGCAAGCGCUUCCAGGCCAAGAGGUCCUUGAACCUGCAUGUCAAAGUUCAUAGUGUGGGGGAGGCGAUGCUGCAGAAGGACACAGGACAGGUGGAAGAUGAUGCUCAGGCACAGAAAAACCAAGAGGCCCUACAGUCAGACCUCACACAGCUGUAGAGUCUGUGGGUGGUGCAUCGUGGUUGUUGGCGUGACCUGCACUGUAACACUUGUUCUGCACCAGUCUGACUAUUCUCCUCACAUACCUAAAAGCAGACUACAAGCACUGGCUGAGAAGCACUUACAAAAUUGUUUUCAGAGCCUUCUAGAGUAGAACUGAACCUAUUUAGAAGGUCAGAUCUAG